GCCGACGAAGUUAGAUAUAAUAAUAACAUCUAUAUGUGAUGGAAGAAGUUGCUCUUUGCAAUAUUAUUUGGUGAGCAUUUCUUGAAUUUAAUAUCUCUUCCUUCACACUCUAUCGAUUGCCCUAUCUUAAUAGCGUAUGCUAAUAACUGUUUUGAGGUGAAGAAGGGAUGGUAGUGAGAUUGGGAAGGAGGAGUGAUGUCUCGAGGAGUAGGAGAUGAAGGAGAGGCAACGUUGGAGUGGGGAAGAAGAUGCAUUGCUACGUUCCUACGUGAGACAGUUCGGUCCUAGAGAAUGGCAUCUAGUCUCUGAGCGUAUGAACAAGCCUUUGAACCGUGACGCUAAGUCUUGUCUUGAACGAUGGAAGAACUAUCUUAAGCCAGGGAUCAAGAAAGGGUCGUUGACCGAGGAAGAGCAGAGGCUCGUGAUACGUUUGCAGGAGAAACACGGCAACAAGUGGAAGAAGAUAGCUGCUGAGGUUCCAGGGAGGACGGCGAAACGGUUAGGGAAGUGGUGGGAAGUGUUUAAGGAGAAGCAACAGAGAGAAGAGAAAGAGAGUAACAAGAGAGUUGAGCCUAUUGACGAGAGUAAGUACGAUAGGAUUCUCGAGAGUUUCGCUGAGAAGCUUGUCAAAGAGAGGUCAGCUAACAGCGUUGGCCCUGUUUCUGUCUCUGUUCCUACGGUCAUGGCUAGUUCAAACGGAGGGUUUCUACAUUCUGAUCAACAAGUUCCUCCUCCUCCUCCUAAUAAUCAUGUGCUCCCGCCUUGGUUAGCUACUUCUAACAACGGGAGCAAUGUUGUUGCUAGACCUCCCUCGGUGACUCUUACUCUAUCGCCUUCCACCGGGGCUGCAGCUUCUCCACAACAGCCUAUCCCAUGGCUGCAGCAGCAGCCUGAGGCCAGCUCUGGAGGUCUUGUGUUAGGUAGUAUGGUACCGUCUUGUAGCGGUAGUAAUGAGACUGUGUUCAUGUCAGAGCUUGUGGAGUGUCGUAGAGAGUUGGAGGAAGGGCACAGAGCUUGGGCAGAGCAUAAGAAGGAGGCGGCCUGGAGGCUGAGGAGAUUAGAGCUGCAGCUAGAGUCAGAGAAGACAAGUAGACAAAGGGAGAAGACGGAAGAGAUUGAAGCAAAGAUGAAGGCUCUGAGGGAAGAGCAGAAGAUUGCAAUGGAGAAGAUUGAAGGAGAGUAUAGAGAACAGCUUGUUGGGUUGAGGAGAGACGCCGAGGCCAAGGACCAGAAACUUGCUGAUCAAUGGACCUCUAAGCAUAUCAGACUCACUAAGUUUCUUGAACAACACAUGAGCUGCAGGCAGAGACUAUUAUGAUCUCUUGUCCUCUUUCUUUUGUAAUUGUAAUGUAAAAUAAGCUAUUUUUUUCAUCAUUUGAUUUCUCCAAUUUUAAUCAGACUUUUGGUUUUGCUUAACUCAGCUUUUAUUGUAUGUGUUGGUUCUCUUCUUUAAUUAUUUGGAAUUUCCAAUGUUUUUUCUCAA